AGAAACUGGAUUCUAUGCGAGUGGUUUUCAGACGAGCAGGGAGGUGAUGUUUUUUACGUGGAGUUGAAAAGCAAUUACAUUUCCAGUGGUGUAAUUUUAUGCUUUUUUACCAGUAGAAAUCCGCGAGAAAAUAAAUUAGUAUUGCUGUACUAAUUAUAGUAAAUAAAUAACAUGAUAGAAAAGAAUGAAGAGAACACUGACAGUGAUAACAAUAUUGUCAGGAUAAGGCUAAUAACUGACAAGAGAACAGUUUUAGAGAAACAAUUUCUUCAGGUUCAAGAGGAAAUUAAAAUAUGCUUUGCUCAACUAGCACAAACAUUAUAUGCUAGAGAAAAACAGCUUUUGCGACAAUCAGAAGCAAUUUAUAGACAGCAGAUAUCUUUGGCAUUAUCCAGCCAAGAAAUUCUUCCUCCCUCUGUAGCAGUAUUAGAUGAAAAGAAUGCUCUUGAGGAGCAAAUUAAACAGUUUGGAAGAAUAGAACUUAAAGGAUCUAAUUCAACAGCAAUAACUAAUUUAGAACCGUAUAAAAUUGAAGAGUACCAAGAUAUUAGCAAAGAUCAUGUUUGUUUUGAUAAGUCUAUCAAAAACACAGAAAUCAUUUCUUCCAAUACAAAUACUGAAUUUUCUUCCACAAUGGAAAAUAAAAAUAUGCAAAAUACUUCCUGUGGAUUGAGGACAUCUAGUGUAACAAAUUUAAUAGGCAAUUCCAGCCAAAUUUUUAAUUUUCAAGAUAAGAAUUCUCAAGAAGAUCUUCAUAAUUCAAAAAUGGAUAUAGAGUUUCAGAAGAAUGACUUCAACCUUCAGGUUGUUGGCACAGAUCAGCAAGAAAAUGAAAAAUGUAAAAAUUCAACAAGAAAUAUUAUAGAAGAACAGCAUAAUUCUUAUGGACACACAGAGCAAGUUCAACAGUGGUUGGAUCAAAUACUUCUGGAAACAGAAAUAGAACCAACCAUUCAUGAAGUUGAAAAAUUACCUGAAAUAUCAGAUACUUAUAUCUGUACAAAGCUUCAAUUAGAAACAUAAAAAUUGUAUCUAACUGAAUUUACUCAACCCACCGUGUAAUUUUUUACUUUGUAUUUAUUUUUAGUUAUUACUGAGAUAGAGAAUACUUUUUUUUGAUAUCAUUCAUUCAUUGUAAUUGAAUCAUUCAUUCCCAUGCUCUUCUUCAUUUCUUUUAUUUAUUUAUACCUGUGGUAAUUAAUUAUGAAAUAUUUUUUCAUAAUUAAGACCAAUAGUACUACUAAUGAUUAAGCAUAUUUAUAUUGUUAUGGUACUGAGAAGUUACUAACCAUUAUGACUUUAAUUACAAUAUUUAAAACAAAAAGUGAUAAUUUAACUAACUUUUAUUUACACAUAAUAUGCAUAAACAAUGGUAUCAAAAUCAUUUUAAACGCAUUAUAUACUAUUGUUGUUAUAACAUUACAAUAUUUAAAAUUAAUAAAUAUUCAGUAAUUAUUAUUUUAUAACUAAUAUUCUCAUUUAUAAUUUGUAUUCUUUUACUUACCAGUGAAUAAAAGUUGUUUUUAUUUAUACACCUUUUUUAAUUCUGUUCUCACUUUUUAUCGUUGCACAAAACAAAAAUUUAAAAAACAGUCACCUAUAAACAGGCUAUUAGUAACUGGAAAAAAAUAUAAUCAGUGUUAUAAUUGAA